AUGUCAACUCGCCGAGUCGCAAUCAUCCAAUGGCAUAUCAAGGAACUCGCCAUAGAGGAAAACCACGCUACAGCAUGCAAUUAUAUCAGGGAAGCAGCAUCCCAAGGAGCUGAAUUAGCCGUUCUCCCUGAAUACCAUCUAAGUGGCUGGGCUCCGACAGAUGAACUCUGGUCCACACAAGCUGGGCAAUCAUCCCAAUACCUCAAAAACUACCAGUCGCUUGCAAAGGAACUCAAAAUUUGUCUGGUACCAGGAACAAUCAUCGAAAAGGAAAUCGGAGCCAAUAACAGCACACUCUUCUACAACACGGCGUACUUCAUCUCCAAUGAUGGGACUAUCCUUGGAAAGUACCGCAAAAAGAACAUCUGGCACCCUGAGCGCCCACAUCUAGUAUCUUCGGGAUCAGAGAGCCACGCGGCGAUAGAUACGCCAAUUGGGCGAAUCGGGAUGCUCAUCUGUUGGGACUUGGCAUUUCCUGAGGCAUUUCGGGAAUUAAUUGCUGAUGGGGCGGAAAUUGUUAUUAUUCCUACUUUCUGGACUCCAAACGAUGCAUCCGCUGAUGCAUUACGGCAUAAUCCCGCAUCGGAGGCUUUGUUCCUCUCUUCGACCCUGACAUCACGCUGCUAUGAGAAUACCUGUGGUAUCAUCUUCGUGAAUGCGGCUGGACCAGCAGAGAACUUCCUGGGUAUGUCGCAAGUGACCCUACCGAUUGUUGGACCAGUAGCGAAGAUGGGAAAUGAGGAAGGUUUUCUUGUUGCCGAUAUGGAUUUGGGAUUAUUGGAUAUUGCAGAGAGGAAUUACAAGGUUCGGGAGGAUAUUCAAGCGGAAGGGUGGCACUACGUGUAUCGGCAUACAUCAAGUCAGUAA